AUGUCCGAGGAGAAGCCCAAGGAGGGCGUGAAGAUGGAGAACGACCACAUCAACCUGAAGGUGGCUGGGCAGGACGGCUCCGUGGUGCAGUUCAAGAUCAAGAGGCACAUGCCGCUGAGCAAGCUGAUGAAGGCUUACUGCGAGAGGCAGGGCUUGUCAAUGAGGCAGAUUAGAUUCAGGUUUGACAAGCAGCCAAUUAAUGAAACCGACACUCCAGCACAGCUGGAGGUGGAGGACGAGGACACCAUCGAUGUGUUCCAGCAGCAGGCAGGAGGUGCGCCGGAGAGCAGCCUGGCGGGGCGUGGUUUCUAG